GAGCACACCACCACCACCACCACCACCACCACCACUACCACAGCACAGCACUCCUCUCCGGCAGAAAAACUGCAAGCACAUGCAACCAUCUCAACUCCCCAGGCACCAGGCACCGACAUUCCGUACCGCUAUUCUUAGCGAGAACUCCUCUGCUCCGUCGACCACCUCCGCCGGACUGCUUCUUCUCAAACUUCAUCUUAGUCAGAGCCCUUGCUGCCAUGCCCCAAACUGACAAAGGGCUCAAAGGUAGUUUGCUCGAUUGCCUUGACAACCUGCUGUCUAGUAAGAGUUCGAUGGAUGCUUCCAUGCAUACAAUAGCAGUGGUCUUGACGCACGUCGCCGGCGAUGCCCGGGGAGGGGCUGCCAUGUGGCUACUGGGCCGCCCGCCGACAUGUGUGAACCCAUCAUUUUUGGCUUCAGUGACAUCGAUUUCGACCUUGCGUCUCGAGUCGAUCCGGGGCUCGGUCGACCAUCUGGGACAAGCGAGAGAUGGCAAAAAACAAGAGGGAGAGGAUAAAAGAGGAUUCGAGCUGAGUGGGUGAGAUGGGGUGAGAAGGCGGCGUGGUGGAAGAAAACGGGGGGGCCAAGGUGGCCCAGGCAGUUCUUUUUUCCUCUCCUACUUCAACUACCCUUCAAAAAAUGAUGCAAGAUCUGAGGAGGGUAAGGUAUGGAGACAUGGGGACAUGGGGGUUUUUGUUUUAUCGCUACAUCACCUCCUCCUUCGCUUCUCGGCGUGCCGUUGCGUGGGUGUGCUUGUUCUGAAUCUGUGAGGGCGCAUCUAUGCCCGGUUAUUGAUUAGUGUCAAGCAGUCGGUGUCCACUUGCCUACCUACCCUUCACCUUGGCUUACAUUACAUUGCCCCUGGAACACGACCAAAAAAGAUCCAAAAAGGGAGGGGAAGAUCUCUUUUUUUUCCUGUCUCCGAAUGAUCUCGGUUUUGGUUCACACACACUCACACACACUCACACACAUACACACACACACACAUAGUAGCACGGGUAUACCCAGGGGGGAGAGAGAACCACGAGCAUUAUGGCCGAGGGGCUGCAGAGAUUGCCGCCGCCGCUUCAUAUACAGACGACCGGAGGGGGAAAUACCAAAAGCAGCAAUCCGAGCCCCUCGAUAUCGGCAACGAAUUCUCCAACGGCAUCAUCAGUGACAACAACAGCUUCGACCACCACAGCCUCGGGUCACAUCAAGAAGCGGACGAGAGCGAGCAGACCAAAAGUCAGGACCGGUUGCAUCACCUGGAUCGACAGCAAGAUCCGUCGGGUGAAGUGUGGAGAGGAGAAGCCAGCUUGUCUUCGGUGCACGUCGACGGGGAGGACGUGUGAUGGCUACGACAAGGGUUCCAGCUCGGCCUACGCCCGCUACCGGUCCUCGCCUGCCGACCCAACACGCACUGCCGAGCUGGCUAAGGUGGAAUUCGUAAAGGCGUGUCAAUGGAGCGAGGCGUUGCGGUCGAUGCGCCGGAUUGCGCCGGCUGACAUUGACGGGACCGACACGGAAAAACGCUUCUUUGGCCGGUUUCGUUCCAACUCUUCCACGUGGUUUGACCCGAGCACACCGCAGCACCUGUCUCAUUAUACCGUGUUCUGGAACAAGGUGAUAUCGCCAUCGACGAAUUGCUGUCAGGAUGAGGCGGUCAAGCACGCCGUGGUGGCCCUCGGGGCGGCUCACAUGUUGGUUCAGUUUCCAGACCAAAAGGUCCUCGACGGCUUCACCCGCGACGCACUGGAGGUGUUUGUUAUUCAGCAGUACAACAAAUCCAUCGCAAAGCUGCAACGACAUGUCGGUUCGACGGGUCCGGAUUCGGUCAGGAUUACACUCAUCUGCUGUCUGGCGUUUAUAUUUCUCGAAACCGUCAGGUCGAAGCACUCGGUGGCCGUGACUCACCUUGUCAAUGGUCUUCGAAUAUUACAGAGCAUGCCGUUUAGUGUCUUCGACUGCCUAUCCGACACAUCAAUAUUUGUGUGGCCACCACUGGGCACGAGUCAUCAGAGAGACGGAUUGGAAAUGCCCGACAUCAUUCGGUUAUUUGCCCGGCUAGAAGUCACGUCGUGUUUCUUCACGACAGCUAUCCACCCGGUCGUUUCGGAGAAGUCGUACGUCUCGAGGGUAUACGACGACGGCGCGAGCCUACAGACGGCCGAGGGGCCAACAGUGAUAUCAGACACGAAGGAGGCCAGAAAACUAAUGGCCACCUUCCAACACGACACCAUGGCCUUUUUGCACAAGCUCUCCGCCUCGACCAUCCGACCCGAAGGUCGCCAAUCAGCCUGCCUCCGAGCCAGAGCAAAACGUCUCGGCCCUAUCAUCUCCGAGUUCUUCGCCCGAUUCGGCUCCAUCGCGCCCAACACACCAGACCUGUACAUUCUUCUUCUUGACCUCCUCUACUUCAAAACAGCCUUGUUUCUGGUGUCGAGGAUACCAUCCCUCCCGCCAAAACGACCACCCAUGUUCCCACCCUCUCUGGCCCUCAACCCCUUCUUAAUCAGCUACACACCUCCCACCCCCCUACCCGCUGCUCCCUCCCCUCGCACCUCGCACCCAAAUUUAAGUCUGAGCUCCCUCCAGCAAGGGAUAAUUGAAGCCGACGACGAGGAAGGGGAUGCAGAGCAGGAAAUGGAAUGGGAAUGUCUCUUACAUGACAUGCUCUCCUUGGCACGCAUCUUGACAACUAGCCCGAUAGGUCAAAAAAUGCGCCCUUGGUCCCGGUCUACCACGGUCACCAUGACCAGCAAACACCAAAGUCCAUCAACUCACUCCUCCUUCUCCUCCCAAGUCAAGAUAUCAGUCCCCGUCCCCGGGGCACCAAUACCCGCCCCCGCCCCUGCCCCUGCCCCUGUGAUCACCACCAUCAAGAAAGAACCCUCACCCCCGGUGGCGGUGUUAUCAUCAGUAGUACCGACAACAACAGCAGCGCAGGAUUCGACCAACAACAGCAACAACAACAACAACAACAACAACAACAACGACGACGACAACAACCCCAAACCAACAACCGACACUUUGCUCUCUGGCCCGCUGUACACUAUAGCACUGCACACAACAAAUCACAUCACCAAAAACAAGGCUGUCGACCUCUUGGUGGAGAAUAUAAACCCUUGCAGUCUGACAUCUCAGCAAACCAUGGGGACGAGUCCUACGCCUAACAAAAGCUGGGAGGGGAUGGGAAUGGGAAUGGGAAUGAAGGAGGUUGUCAAGGGGGUGAUUGAGCAAGAGAGGCAGGUUAUUGAGGAGGGGGGGUGGAUGGGGUUGAUUAAUUCGCGGGGGGGACGGGGGGGGAAGUGGUAUGAUGCUCCGAGGGAGUUGAGCGGAGGGGUUGGGGGGUUGCCUAGGGUUUGGGAUGCGCUGGUUGGCGGUGGGGAUGGAGAUCGGGGGGGUGGUGAUGGGGAGGAUAAUGAGGGGAUUGGGGAGGGGGGUUUUAAUGAGGUUAUUGAGGGGAGGGGGAGGAGUUGGAGUGGGAGUCAGGGGGGGGGUUGGUGA